AUAAUGUCAUCUUUGAAGCUGUGAAGUUGGAUGCAGAAGAUCAGUUUUGCUGGAGAUAAACACCUGUUGCUGCUGCUGGUGUUUGUUUGAGGACACAUCUGGAAUAAUCAUCCACAUUUUGGAUUAAAAAUGAAAGUGACAGUGACUUUUGGAAGGACUGGUGUUGUUGUCCCAUGUAAGGAUGGAUGGACGGUCAGGGAUCUCAUCCAGCAAGCUACCCAGAGAUACAGAAAACUACUGGAGCAGGAGGGAGAUUUCCUGGUACGAACGCACCAUGUUGAGUACUGUGAUGGGGGAAUUCUGGACCCUGAUGAUUUGCUAACAGACCUCGUGGAAGACAAGGACAAGCUGAUCGCUGUGUACGAGGAAAAGGAGGCCCAGCACAGGGGCACCAUGAGUCCCGGGAAUGUAACAGGGACUGGGAGCAGCCUAACAGGACAGUCCAGUCCUGAACCAUAUGACUCUGAACUUGCCUGUUUCCAGCCAAUCAAAGGAGGAGAAAUCGAAGUCAACUCAUCUGUCCUCAAAUCUAGUACUCCUCUGUUGGUACGGAGUAGUAGUGAUUCAGCCCUUUCAUCCCCUCAGACUGAUGAUCUGAAUGGCAGACACAUGGGAAUACACGAGCAGACUGACAUGGACUUUUCAGUCGAGAUGACUGGCAGCAACAAAUCUGGCCAUUUCAGUGUCAACAGCCUCACAAAGACGGUGGAGAUUUCAGGAGAACAAGGGCCUCUAGGAAUACACGUGGUGGCAUACUGCUCCUCUCUGAGCGGAAGGGCUCUGGGCCUGCACAUUCGAGGCGUGGCAGAGAAUAGUCGCUCCAAGAGGGAAGACAUCUUUCAGGACGAUGAGUGUAUCGUUAAAAUCAAUGACACUGAAUUAAUGGACAAAUCCUUUUCACAAGCACAGGAAAUAUUCCGGCAAGCCAUGCAUUCACCCAUUGUUCGUAUAGAAGUUGUUCCAGUUGUUAAUAAAGAUCGCUAUGAGAAGAGUUUGAUCGGCCACCUCUUUAACUCAGAAAACCCUGACGCAUCUACACAGACCAAAAACCCUUCUCCGCUGAAGGUGAAGCCCUUCGUGUUGCCUUUGGAGUCUUCGGGAGGCCAAGCCGAGCUACAUGAGUCUAGCGGCAGUCUUGAAUGCCGCUCUCUGGGCUCUCCAUUCACCCACAUCCUCUCCCCCACCCCCAGAGGCAAGAGCAGUGAUAGCCUCCUCCUGAAAACGAGCAUGGGACAAUCACCUCUGCAAAAUCAGCACAAAAAGGGCGGGAAGAGACUUAGAAUUGACCUCAAGAAAGGUCCUGAAGGUCUGGGCUUCACAGUUGUAACCAGAGAUUCCUCAGUACAUGGACCUGGCCCCAUCCUCAUCAAAAACAUCCUGCCCAGAGGAGCUGCUGUCAAAGAUGGCCGUGUGCAGUCAGGUGACAGGAUCCUGGAAGUGAACGGUGUGGACAUCACAGGUUUUACUCAGGAGGAACUGGUGGCCAUGUUACGCAGUACUAAGCAGGGGGACAGUGUGUGUCUGGUUGUGGCUAGACAGGAAGAGAUGUUCCUACCGCGUGAGCUGAAAGAGGAGCAGGCCCGGUUGCUGUUGUCUGAGGAGGGUAAGGAGCAUCUGAUGUUUGAGGUUCCUCUCAAUGACUCAGGCUCAGCUGGGUUGGGGAUCAGCUUGAAGGGGAAUAAGUCCCGAGAGACCGGCGAGGACCUGGGGAUCUUCAUCAAGUCCAUCAUCCACGGAGGAGCAGCUUUUAAGGAUGGGCAUCUACGCAUCAAUGACCAGCUUAUUGCCGUCAAUGGUGAGUCACUGUUGGGGAAGUCCAACCAUGAGGCCAUGGAGACCCUGCGGAGAUCCAUGUCCAUGGAAGGAAACCUGAGAGGAAUGAUCCAACUUGUAGUACUCCGUGCCCUACUACCAUCUAACCAGGAGUUCAAGGAAACACGUCAAAUUCUCAAUCGAUCCUUUGAUAGCUGUAUGGGGCAGGCAGGGCACCUCAGCCAAUCAGACGCCAGCGUUCAGCCACCCUUGGUGAUGAACAGCAUCUAUGAGCGAUGUAAAGUUUCAAAUGGUGAAUACAGUCACAUGGAAGAGGGGGAUGAUGUAGGGUUUUCCACUAAUCCACACAGACAGGACAGCCUGAAGCUUCAGCACAGUGUGAAUUCAGGUCUUCGUUCAGCGGACACUUCUGUGACUGAUGGAAGCCAGCAUGGUCCUGCAGAGUGGAAUCAUGUCAAGUCCUCCAAGAGCAUGGAUCUGGGGAGUGGUGUGGUGGAGUUAGGACCUACGUUAGGCCUGAAGAAGUCCAGCUCUCUUGAGAGUUUGCAGACUGCCAUGACGGAGGCUAAGAAAAACGAUCUGCUGCCAUUCCAUAGGCCCCGUUCACAUAUGGUUAGGGGGCGUGGUUGCAAUGAGAGCUUCCGCGCAGCCAUUGACAAAUCGUAUGAUGGGCCUCCAGAGGAUGAUGACGAUGACGGGUCGGACCAGAGCUCUGGACGAGACACACCGGCCAGCGGCUCCUCCAGACAGGGUACAGGAGACAAUGAGGAGAACAAGAAACAUAAAAAGAAGAAGGCCAAAGAAAAGAAGAAAGACAAGUUGAAGAGCAAAGGAAAGGAGAAAGAAAAGAAGAAAGCUGAGGAGGCCAAUGAUGAGCUGGAUAAGAAGACCAAGAAGAAAGGAUUCGGGUUGCUGAGAUUUGGGAAGAAAAAAGAAGAGAAGAGCAAGACGGAGACAAAAGUUAAUGCACAGAAGCAGAUGUCAGAAAUUCUAAGUGAGGAAGAGUUGGAGAGGAUGAAGGAAGAGAGAGAAAGAAUUGAGGCCAAGCACACGGAGCUGCGGGACCGGCAGGUUCGAGAUUGCUUUGCUUCACCUGACGUAGAGGAUGAUGAUCUGGACCCGAACUACGCCCGUAUCAACAACUUCAGGCAGCGCGGAUCACCUUCCCAUCCCGCAUAUGGGAAUGGCUGCCCCUCCCCACAAAGACCCCCAGUGUCACACAGCCGAGAGCUAUCCACAGAGGACCCUCUGGAUGGCCUCUACGCUAAAGUCAACAAACAACGAAACCCUCCACCACCUGCAGCAGACAGUGGUAUGGACCGUAUUCAGCAGCUAAGGAGAGAGUAUCUUCAGGCUCGUAGGGAGGGAGCAGCUCCAUCCUACGAGGAGCUAGAGGCCCGACGGAGAGGACCAGAGUACGACCCACACAAAAUGCCAGUGAGAAACCCUGACCCUAGACUGACACCCCGCUACGAGGACGUGGAGCGACAGUAUGCCUCCCUGCCUAGAAGACCACCAGUGGAAAAUGAGUAUCCAGUGCAGUCGUGGGCUGGACACAGGGACCCUGCACAUUACCCAAACCCACAGUCAGGCUACCACCCCAGCUACCCUCCCAGAGAAAACUACCCUCGCCCAGUGGACCCUCGGCAGAGUGACUCAGGGUUCUAUCACCCUCCUCCGCAACAGAGAGGCCCGCUGCGGCAGGACGUGCCACCUUCUCCCACCAUACCUCUCCGAGGCCCUCGCUAUGACACCAUAAACCGCGGAGGCUACCGCAACUUCAGCCCAGAGCGCUACGCAUAUGGAGAUCAGCGACACUCUGACCCGAGACAGAAGAGUGCAAUGACGGCAGCUGUUUAAACUCACCAUUUUUUUUUUUUGCCCUGUGUACGUUGUUGAAGCACAAGUUUGAGGAUCACGUGUUUAUCGACAGGUGCUUAAAGGGAUAGUUCACCCAAAAAUUUAAAUUCUCUCAUCAUGACUUACUUUCUUCUGCUGAACACAAACAAAGAUUUUUAGGAGAAUAUUUCAGCUCUGUAGGUCCUUUCGAUGCAAGUGAAUGAUGACCAGACCUCCAAUCACAUAAGGGCAGCAUAAAAUUAAUUAAUAAAACUCCAAAAGUUUGGUCACCAUUCACUUGCAUUGUAUCUUUGUUUGACAAACAAAUCUUUGUUUGUGUUGUGCAGAAGAAAGAAAGUCAUACACGAUGAUGAGAAUUUUCAUUAUUGGUUGAAAUAUCCCUUUAAAGUCUAUGUUUGUGUCAGUUAGAAUUAUUUAGGAUGAAUGCUGUCCCACAAUGCUCUAUGGUUAUGGGCCACCUCAGCUUGAUAGGAUAGUUCACCCAAAAAUUUAAGUUGUGUCAUCUAAUUUCAUUUCAAACCCAUAUUACUUUCUUCCUUCUGUGGAACAAGAGACCAUAGAGACCAAGAGAAUGUUGCAAAAUGUUUACACCGUUUUUUAUUUUUUAUUUUUUUUACAUCUAAUUAAAGUUUUCACAUGCUCCCAUGUACAAUAUAUUCCACAGAAGAUAGAAAGUCACACAGGUUCAGAACAACAUGAGAGUGAGUAGAUGAUAACAUCAUUUUCAUAUUUUGGUGAUCUAUCCCUUUAAGCCAGCCUAAGGUGGUUAGGCUGGUCUGUUUUGAUGGUUUUAGAGGUGUUUUUUUUUUUAAAUAAAUGUUGGCCUACAAUGCCCAAAGAUAAUGUGCUGUCUCGGUAGACUGAGAUUUGGACAAUUGAAGUAUGAGGGAGCAUUUGCAUCCUGUAUUAAACUCUAGAAUAGUAGUACUGUACAAUCUUUACAGUGGCCAUGUGAAACUGUGAUUUAUGUACUAAUGUGUGUGUGGUUAUUCUUGCAUGUUUAAAGAUGAAAGGGUGUUAGUUUAUGUAUGUUAGAGCACUCCAUACUCUUCUUGAGUGUAGCCAUUCUGUUCAAAUUGUGGGAGCCAAUAUAUGACUGCAAAUGACCACCAAUCACUUCAGUCAUCAUUCUCUUUCAUUGCAUCUUUUUUUCUAUACAAUGAAAGUGAGUGGAAAUUGAUACUGUCAUUAUGUUUUAAAUCUACUUUUUGUGUUCCACGGAAGAAAGUCAUACAGGUUUUGAAUGACAUGAGGGUGAGUAAAUGUUGACAGAAUGAUUUUUAGGUGAAGUAUCCCUUUAAAACAGUACAAUACAACUUAACAUAGCACUCAUGAAAGUUGUCCUGUAUUUGAAGUUAUAUAAACAGAGCAAGAUAAAGAAUAAGAGAUUGUUUGUCAGGAAGAGGAAAGGAGGGUCCAUAGAACCUCUGACAGAGGAAGGAUGAGAGCAGGUCAGAUCUGUACCCCCAGGAACCGAGCGCUGUGCUGAGUUUACAGAGAAAGGCGUUUGGCCAUCAAUUAUUUUGUAUCUGAAUGUUUGUUUACUAUUUUGUAUUUUAAUCCUGAUUAUUGAUUUCACCUGUUUUGGUACGAAAGACUCUCUCUGCAUUCAGAGUUCAGGUAACAGUAUAAAUACAAGUGUUAUUGACUGUAGUAUGCAAUAAUCAUGUCAAACACAUAUAUAACUUUUAUAAAACAAAAAUUAAAAGAUCUGUGCACCCAGUAUCAUUGCAUACAUUAAUACUAUGUAAAAAAAAACUGUCUUUUAUAUAACACAUUUUCA